AUGCGUCCUGUGGCCGUGGCCCUGACCUGGGUGCUGGGAUUCGUUCUCCUGCGUCACGUACCACCGGCAGCGUCCAUCGACUGCGGCAAGGACUCGGUGAACGAGGAGAACCGGCUCAAGAAGUCGCUCCUCUGCAAUGGCUACCGCACCGAGGCACGCCCGAGAAAGGAUCCGGCCCAGACGGUCAACCUGACCGUGUCGUACUACGUUUACGGCUACGAGUUUGAUGACGAUAACGACCUACUGACCGUGAAUGUGUGGUUUAGUUUGCAAUGGGUCGACGAGUUUCUCGUCUGGAACGCAACGCGGUGGAACAAGAUCGAGCGGCUGGCGAUCAACUCGGACGAGAUGUGGUUGCCCGACUUUCGCCACUUUUCCUCGUUCUACAACCCGGAGGAACUGCCCGACUGUACGAACCCAUCGUGUUCGGUGGCACAGAACGGAUCGGUGUACUGCAUUCCGAUGUGUAGCAUGAACGCGCGGUGCGAUGCGGAUUACUCGCGGUGGCCGUUUGACGUGCACCAGUGCAACCUCUGGUACGGCACGUGGGUCAACUCGAUGAACGAGGUCGAUAUGCACCUGAAGGAUAUCUGCCUGUCGUCGGAGAACGAUUUCACCAGCAAGCGAUGGGCGAUCGCGUCGCUCAGCAAGGGCCGCUCGGUGCUCAAGUCGAGCGAUUCGUACCAUUACACGAUCCUUAACGUGGAUCUGACCCUAAGGCGGCGCAAUGGCUUCGAAGUGGUGGCCAUCCUGGCGCCCAUCCUGGUGCUCGCCCUGCUGAAUCUGUACAUCGUCUGGCAACGUUCGUGCGCCUUCGAACGGAAGCUGCUGCUGGUGGUGUCCAUCGCUUGCCACUUUAGCUUCCUGCAGCAACUGGACUGGGCGAUCCCGUUUAACCGCGACACAGUCGCCGGAUGUCUGGUCUUUCUUCACAGCUCCACCAUCAUCGCGGCCGUGCUGGGGCUCGUCACGCUGCUGAACUGCUGGAUCCGGGCCCGUCCGGUACGGGAUUCGGCGACUCCCGGAGACUCCUGCUUCGGGCGCGUGACCGGAGCGUUCUCGCAGAACCGUGUUGCCGAACUAAUCUUGGCGGCCGACUAUCUGGAGCUUAACUACAAGAUCACGAGUGACGACGAGAGUGCCGGUUACUGGUUGAAAGUGGCUACGCUGGUGGAUCGCGUGGUGGCCAUCGUGUGUGUGAUCGUUUACGUGGUCCUGCUGUGCCUGUAUAUGCCGUUCGGGCACCAGCUAACGAGCAGUUCCGGUGUGAAGUGUGUCUUUUCCUUUUCGUAA